GGUCAUGUGACCGUGUACUGUCAUAUGACCGCUGUGAGUCUUCAGUAUCUGCAGCUGCAGUCACAACGUUGCCUGUGGAAAGAAGAAACCAGGUGCGGACAGACGCCUCUAGAUUUCAGAUGGACGUGUUGUUGCUGUUUUACUUCCUGUCCUCUCUGCUGUGCGGUGACGCAGCUCGAGAUGCAGAUGAGGUGACUUACCUGCCCGGUCUGCAGAAACAGCCGAGCUUCAGACAUUACUCUGGAUACCUGAGUGUUGCUGACGGGAAACACCUGCACUACUGGUUCCUGGAGUCUCAGAACAACCCGUCCUCUGACCCCGUGGUGUUGUGGUUGAAUGGCGGCCCGGGAUGCAGCUCUUUGGACGGACUGCUGACUGAACACGGACCCUUCCUGAUCCAAGAUGAUGGAGUGACACUGCAGUACAACCCGUACUCCUGGAACAAGAUUGCCAACAUGUUGUACCUGGAGUCUCCAGCAGGAGUUGGCUUCUCAUACUCUGACGAUCAGAAAUAUGUCACCAACGACACGGAGGUGUCGAUGAACAACUACCUGGCUCUGAAGGAGUUCUUCAGUCUGUUUCCAGAGUACAGCAAGAACGAACUUUUCCUCACCGGAGAGAGUUACGGAGGAAUCUACAUCCCGACGCUGGCCGAGAGGGUGAUGGAGGACCCCAGCCUCAACCUGCAGGGCAUUGCCGUGGGAAACGGUAUGUCGAGUUAUGAGAUGAACGAUAACUCUCUGGUGUACUUUGCGUACUACCACGGCCUGCUGGGAAGUCGACUGUGGAGCAAUCUGCAGACGUUCUGCUGCAAAAACAAGACAUGCAACUUCUUCAACACCCAGGAACCGAACUGUAGCACCAGCGUGGGGGAGGUUCAGGACAUCGUCUACAGUUCAGGACUGAACAUGUACAACCUGUACGCUUCCUGUCCAGGCGGAGUCGGCCAGAGAGUCAGUGUUAACCAAGGCGAGCUGGUGAUCAGGGAUCUGGGGAACUCGUUCAUCAACCAUCCGUGGACUAAGCUUUGGAAUCAGAAGUUACGAAAUCUGGCGAAUGUCCACCUGUCUGUCCGUCUGGACCCCCCCUGUACCAACUCCACCCCCUCCAACCUCUUCCUGAACAACCCAUAUGUCAAAGCCGCCAUUCACAUCAGUCCCAAAGCCCUGGAUUGGGUCAUCUGCAGUUCUGAGGUGAAUCUGAACUAUGGUCGUCUCUACAUGGACGUCAAGAAACAGUACCUGAAGCUGCUCUCUGCUCUGAAGUACCGUGUCCUGGUGUAUAACGGAGACGUGGACAUGGCCUGUAACUUCAUGGGGGACGAGUGGUUCGUGGAAUCUCUGCAUCAGCAGGUGGAGGUCCAGAGGCGUCCAUGGCUCUACGAUGAUAAAGAUGGUCGGCAAGUUGGAGGCUUCGUCAAAGAGUUUGACAACAUCGCCUUCCUCACCAUCAAGGGUUCUGGUCACAUGGUUCCAUCAGAUAAACCAAUUGCUGCCUACGCCAUGUUCACCAGAUUCAUCAAGAAACAACCCUACUGACCUCUGACCUCUGCGGGUCACCGCUCCCUCUUUCUCUUUGUUCUGUUUGAACUUCUCAGACAGCAAUAAUUUUUAUUUGAUUUUUUUUUUUUUUUUUUCUUUUUCUCACUGCCAGCCAAUCGGUACAGCGCUCCUGUGUUGCCCGGCAACAAGAUUAUUGCUUUAGGAAAUUUAAAA